UUGCCGAGCGAUUUCAAGUCAGUCAGCACCUACCUGCUGUUCCUUGUGCUGUGGGUGACUCUGGUCUACCUGCCGAUCUGCCACUGGGUUUGGGCAGAAGACGGAUGGAUCAAGGGCAUAGGCGCGGUGGACUUUGCCGGCGGCACGGUGGUCCAUAUCAACGCCAGCGUGGCAGCCGUAGCCGCUGCCCAUCUUGUCGGCAGGCGCCGCAACGUGGGGCGCGGAGUCGAGCCACACAACGUUCCUUUGGUGAUUCUCGGCGCGGUGAUCCUGUGGAUCGGCUGGAGCGGAUUCAACGCAGGCUCCAGCCUCGCCGCGGACGGGGUAGCGGUCAACGCGUUCGUCGUCACCAACUUGGCCGGCGCUGUUGGCGCCGUCACCUGGGGGCUCCUGUCCCUCGUUACGAGGGGAGGAGGGAAGAUGCAGCGCAGGUCCUCCUGCGUUGCCACAUGGAUGCGAUCGUCUUGUGGCCAUCACCGCAAGGCGGCACGGCACACGUCGGGCCUAUGGGCGCUUUCGGGAUCGGCUUUGGCGCAGGCGUGCUCUGUACACUCGCGGUCGUGA